GCGAGCGAUAGACGAUAAAUAACAAUAGAGAAUUACGGUCCUUGUUUGGUCCGUGUGACAUGGAUUAUAUGUGAAUUUUGAGUUCAAAUUUAGGGAGUGAUGGACAACGUAGUUGACAUUAAAAAUAAUUUGAACACCCAUCAAAGUUUACAAGCUGCAGCCCAAGCUGCUGCUCAGAUUAACGCCCAAUUAGCGGCUGAAGGUAAAAUUCAACCAUGUCAACAAAACGUUCAAGCUAAUAAUGGCUACCAGAAGAAGGAUAAGAAGCUUAAAACAGGGAGAAAAGAUCUUUUCAAUGCCGAAGUUGAAAUCAAUGGUCUUCCUCCCAGAGUACGAAACCUACUCACCAAAGGAUACAUCCAAGAACAAAUCCAGUGGAAAUCAAGGGCUGCAUUGUGUACCAAAGGGCGCUAUGUUUCUCCACAUGAAAAACUUGAAUUAAAUGAUGAAAGACCACUGUAUAUAUGUAUUCAGGCUGUAGACAAACGUGCUGUUGAUGAAGCUAUUCAUCACAUUCAAGAUUUCAUUGCUGAGCACACAGGAUCUAGUCCACCACCUCCCAUCAUAUCCCCACCCCUUGUUCCAAAUCACCCCCCUCCUCAAAUGUCUCUUAUAAGAGAUAAAGUUUAUAUUAACCUUGACCAUGCACCUGAAGCCUUCAAGAUUGUUGACAGAGUGCUUGGUCCUUCUGGUGACAAUUUUAAUUACAUUCAAGCAGAAACUGGAGUGACUGUGUCAUUGCAAGGACAGGGAAUGAGUUCGUCUAAUUCCAGUGAUGAACCCCAUCAUUUAUUACUUGAACAUAUCGAUCCAUCUGCAGUUCAAAAUGCCCGGUCGUUGGCGCUAAGUUUGGUUGGAACCCUCCAACAGGAUUUCAUUCAAUGGCAGAGAGAACAGCAAGCAUUGCAGCAACAGCAACUAGUUUACACAUUUUCCCAACCCUACUUCGGCGGGUCUUCAACCCCUAAUGGGAAUUUCCAUUAUCCAGCCGUUGCAAUGGUAUAUGGUGUGGAAAAUGGCAUACCACAAACUACAACUGCCAGAGCGCCACAGUUGGUACAAACUCAGCGACAUACCAGAGGCUUGGCGGGCAAAAGGCCCUCACGGUUCGAUUACCAACAAUCCACAGGUGUGUUGCCUGUCCAACAAACAACAACGGCUUCUCUUACUGAUCCUCAUAGGCUGGCGAUGGAUUAUUUUAGACGUUCGAAGGAUGUGACUUUGUCUGCCAACGCUUGCUAAUGUAUGAAACCUUUGACUUUACAGGGCUUGAUUUAGCUGUUGCACACCAACCAGAGACUAAACGACCGAAAAUCUCUCAUAUGGCCUACUCUUGAUCGUUUUCGAUUUAUUAUGCUACAGAUUUCUUUUCAUGUCGUCGACCGUGUUAUGCAUCGGGUUCUCGUCUUAAGUACGACCGCUGACAUAACAAACUUGAAACAGUGAACUUGUGAGCCUAACAAUAUGUUUGUCUCGUUUCACUGGUUAUUUUCCGAAUACAGCCAAUAAUGUGGUCUGAAGAUUU